CGGUCCGCCUCAGCCAGGUCACGAUUCACGCCUGACGCCUCCUCUCCGUCGGCUUGGCCUCUUCCUCCGCUUUCGCUUUCGUGCAGUACCGUGCGAGACAAAAGCUGCUUCCUCCCCCUGCCCACACACGCACAAAACCCCAAGCGCGCGGCCACACGCAUCAGGCACACCGUCCGUCCACUUAUCCCCAUCCAUCAGCAGCAAUCAAUCCGCGAGGAAGCACCGCACCGAUGGCGAAGGGAGGAGGAGGCCAGCGCGAGGGCAACGCCCUGAAGACGGCGGUGAUCGUCGCCGGCGGCCUCGCGCUCGUCUGGGUCACCGUGGAGACCGCUUUCAGGCCCUUCCUCGACCGCCUCCGCGCCGCCGUCUCCCGCUCCACCGACCCCGCCCGCGACCCCGACCAGGAGGCCCCAGCCCCUGCCGCUGCGGCUGAGGAGGAGGAGAAGGCGCCCGCACCAGCGGAGCCGUCUGCGCCGCCGGUCCCGGCCGGGCUGGAGGAGAAGGUCGAGGAAAAGGCGGCCGAGUUGGAGGAGGCCGCCGCCGCCUCCAACAAGGCCGAGUGAAGGAGGCUCCCCCUGUCUGGCUCCUCUUCUGAAUAGUAUGAUGUUGGUUUUGUGAAUCUGUUCUGUGCUUUCGGAGCUUGUCGUGGUCAUGGAUGAUGCAAAGUUUGAACUCUAAUUUCAGUAUCUGCAUCCUUAGCACU